AUGAAUGACAUGUGCAAAUGACAGAUUUUGAAUUUGUAGUUUGUACUGUAGUUUUAGUUCAAUAAUUGCUAUUUCUAAAGUUUUAAGCAAAUAACAAAAAGGAUAUUAUUAUAGUAUUGUAUAACAUACAAAAACUAAACAAAAUGGCCGAUAAAGACGACCUCGAAGACAGUCAAUAUCCCGACAACGAUGAGUACGUUCCCUACGUGACGGCCGGUAACCUCGCACAAAGAAACGGCGCCAAAGUGAGUCUAUGGGGAAAAGUUACAAAAGUUUCCGCUAGCGAAGGUUUCUAUGUCAAAACUGUUGAUGACCAAGAAAUCCUUAUUAGACUUAAGAAACCUUUAAGUGAGCCCUUGGAAGGUUGGUACGAGAUUCACGGAGUAUCGCAAGGGAAGGUUAUUGUUUGCGAUGAAUAUGUUCCAUUUUCUGGCGAUAUGGCGAAAAACGUUGAUGUAGAAGGUUAUAAAAGUCUUGCUAAGCUGCUGGCAGCAUUGGAUGAUCCAUGGAAUUUAGGUGAAGACUCUAGUAUGCAAGGUGUCACCGCAAUGGAUGAGAAGUUUUGAGUUUAAUUUUUUGUCUUAAGGUUUCAUAUUUAAGUUUGUACUCGUUUUAAUAAAAUGUAAUUAUUUUUGUA